GCUCUGACAUCGACUUAUAGGACUGGCUGUAGUUUGUAGACGCUCGAGUGUGUGCGCGUGUUUUAACCUUAUUUUUUAUACCUUUCUACGUCACUUCGGCGAUUGGUGGAACUGGAGGUGUAUCAAAUAGCGCGUUUAUCCGGCGAUUCCGUGCCCUUUUCUCACCACUUCUUCAUUCUUUUAGCAGCUUUUCGGACAGCCGCCGAACGUCACGGGGCGCUCGCUAGCUUGCAUUUUGGCGUUACCGUCGAAGCUUUCCGUCGCGUUCCGCCUCUCUUCACACAUGCCAAGCUAUGUUCCCCAGAUAGCUUGGCUUUUGUUGUUAUAUUCUCACACUUUUAGAGGGUGUUGUUACUAGUCGAAGGUGGAAUUAUGGCCGCCGCGCCGCCACCGUCGUCGCUCCAGCUGCGAGCGACGGAUGUGAUCCGGAAAGAGCACCUGGACGACGGGGGUUUCGGAGAGGUGUACCUGUGCUAUCACGUCCACCUCGGGCCUGUGGUGAUGAAGACCAUGUAUACGGGCCUUCUUCGCAAUGAGGAGAGCAAGCGGUCUCUGCUGGAGGAAGGUAGCAUUAUGGCGAGCCUGAACCACAAGCGGGUGGUCAGGUUGCUGGGCGUCAUCAUGGAGGAUCGAGGCUGCUCUUUGGUCAUGGAGUUGAUGCCCAGGGGCAACCUGCUGGCAAUGCUGGAGAAGGUCACUGUGCCUGUAUCAAUCAAGGGGAGAAUUAUCUUGGAGAUCUUGGAAGGGAUGGUCUACCUCACCGAGAGGAAAGUCAUACACAAGGACAUCAAACCAGAGAACAUUCUAAUUGACAAAGAUUUUCACAUCAAGAUCGCCGACCUCGGCCUUGCCACCUGCAAGACGUGGAGUAAACUCACCAAGGAGGAGUCGCAGAAGAAGAGUCGCAUGGGCCUGUCAGCCAGGAUGAGGGCGGCGGGCACUCUGAGCUACAUGGCGCCCGAGCACCUGCAGAGCGUCAAUGCCGUCUCCACAGAGAAGUCCGACGUCUACAGCUUCGCAAUCGUGGUCUGGGUCAUCGUCACUGGCGAAGAGCCCUAUGCAAAUGCCAGGAAUGAAGAUCAAAUCAGCCAGUGCGUCUGCAAUGGCAACCGGCCAGCGAUGGACCUCAUCCCCGACAACACGCCAGAACAGAUCACUCAGCUCAUGGUGAUGUGCUGGGCUCACAACCCACUGCAAAGACCAACAUUUCGAGAGGGCUACAACAUAUUUUGUCCCUUCUACGAGACAACGCUCACGCCACACGUGGAACAUGAUUUAGUUCAUCUACAAAAUCUGUACGAAGGCCCGGAUCAGCUUGUUGACAAGAUGAAGUCUUUAUCAAUGACUGAUGAAUGCAUCUCAACAGAUUGUCCAGCUAAUCUGGAGAGCACAGACGAAAGUGUCAAUGGGCCGGUUGAAGCCAGUAUUGAAGACUUCCAUGGCAUGCCAUGUGGGACCAAUGUAGACUCAGUGGCGGCAAUCGGUGAGCCAGACCCAGAAGUCCCGUUGGAGGAGAAGCUGCAACCGGAGUUGGACUACCACAAACACGGCAGCUACAACUGUGACGGUCAGUCUGACCCCGUCAAUAGCCAGCAUCAGAAAAAGUCCCAAAAUAUCCUGCCUCGUCUUCCAAAUAAUACCCCGACCCAGCCGGAGCGCGACACACCUUUCUUGUCCUCCGUCCAUUCCUGGACAAAAGCGGAACCUGUGCAGCCCAGCAGCCAGGUAGACGAUUGGUAUCAUCCUGCCGCUCGCCUCCACGAGUCGCUGACCGCUUCCACGCCGAAGCCAUCCUUCUUGCAAACAUCUACCAGCAUCAGUUCCCCGCCAAAUUUCAAUCAGCAACAUCCAGAUUCCCACUAUUCCCGCCAGCAGUCCUGGCCUACUUCCUCAGUGUCUGAAAGUUCAGGGCAUCUGUGCAAUUUAAAGAAGGGUGGGGCGGCUCAGGAUUCCGGCUCUCUCUACAUCAGCAAUGCCCGGGGGAUCCAGAUUGGUAACAACAACAGCCUCAGUAUUCACAACUACGACUCCACUCAACCUUUUUCCCCUCUUCCGGGUAACAUGUGGACCAGCUCUCGGCUCAGAGAAGGAAUUCAGAAAUAUGAGGACCGUGCUGUGACCGAAGAGCACCUUGAUGUACUGAGGGAAAACAUCGGCGCCAAAUGGAAGUUUUAUGCACGGCGUCUGGGUCUGAGCGACGUGGAAAUAGACACCAUUGAGCAUGACUUCUUCCUAGACGGCCUGCCAGAGAAGGUGCACCAGAUGCUGCAACACUGGAAAAUGAAGGAAGGGAGUCUUGGCUGUACAAUUGGGAAGCUUUGCUGCGCUCUCGAAGGCACCAUAGACGUUGACGUGAUUCAGAAAAUAUUGAACAUCUGCGCUUCUACUUCCUGUAUCUGAUGAACUUCUCUCUCGUGUAUCUUCCCCUUGAUUUGCCAAAGUCUCUCAUUAUUACUAUAUUUCCAAUCAGUUUCAAUCAUAACCUUGUAUUCCACUUGUUUUAGGUUUCUCAUACUUUAAACGUCAAUGCGGUUGGUGUGGAGCCAUGCAGAAAGUUGGUCGGGAUUGUGUUUGGGUGCCAAAUCAUUCAAAAUUUACAUCUUGUAUGGGAAUAUUUUAGCAUUUUGAGAAUUCAUAUCAGUGCUUGUGAGGAGAAAGUGCAUGUCCGAACUGAAGUUUCUUAUGCAAAGUGGGGUAGGUGCCCCUAUUUUGUACGCUCCUCGGGCCUGCUUCAACCUCUUUUGGCCACAGUCGCUUCCCCCGGGGGGCGGGGGUGGGGUGGUAGGGGCUUCCCUUAUGGCCUUUGGGUCUGCUACGGGCUCUCGCGCCUCCUGGUCUGUGGGCACGUCCGCCUGCCGCGCUCUGGGACGGGUACCGGGCGUUGGGUGGUGGGGAAUCUUGAUCAGCACUGUGCUGUGAGGCUGGGUGCGUUUGCCCCCUCUCUUUGUGAUCGUCCCGAGCCUCUUGAAUCGCUCACUUAGCACACACUCACACCAUUCAUUGUAACUCAUUUUUCACUCGUCACUUCUGGGCACAGGUACUCAGGGGGGAGGUGGGUUUUUGCUAAUCUCAUGGUGAGGUUCCUGGGGCCGGACCCCUCUGGCUGCAUGGCUUUGGGUGGUGGAGGCCCCCCUCUCAUACCCGUGGUGCCCCUCCUGGCUGCCCCCGCCCCUUAUUGGAUGCCCCUACCCGUCCACAUGGCGCGGGUCGCCGGUUCGCCCUCUGUCUGGGAGGCUGACUACUGAGGUCGGUUCUGAUUAGCAUUCACAUAGCCACUCACACCACACUAGUUGCACUGCCAGGUCCAAUGUGACAUCGUAGUAUUCAUAUAACCCUUUUUUUUUCCCAUUUGUUUUUUUCAAACAUUUUUGUCUGGUUUAUUUUUCCCUCCAUCCUCUCCUUUUUGUCUUUUCUGUCACUCCCCUUCAAAACCUCAUUUUGUCCGAGUGAAAACUUUCAAUAAAUAGCCAUCAGAAUACAAAGAACCAAAGUGGCAGUAUAAAAAAAACCUCCAGUGUUUCACAGAAAAACUGUUCCGGCAUAAAAACAAUACAGAUUCUGCAUGACCUGGCAGCGGAACAGGACAGGUUAAACAAAUUAAUAAUGAAAAGGGAAACCGGUUGGUUUCGUGGGAUCGGAUUUUGUUCUCGUCAUUCCAGUUUCUCAAUAAACGAAUCAAUUUCCCUGCA